CUUGGCUUGUUUGUUACUAAGGAAAAAAGAAAAGAAAAGAACUUCAUGGAAUGUCUGAAACCGAAAUAGUCUCUCUAUGUGACUUGUACAUUCCUAGAUAUGGAUAGUGACAGUCAUAGUGAUAGUCCUACCCCUCUGUAUCUCUCGGUGUGGGCUUCGGCGAUGGGUUUAAUAAAGGUUUGAGAUUCCUCUUGUAAUAACUUCCGUAUAUUUCGUUUUCCGCACAAUGUCAAUGUCUUUGUAAACUCCUCUCAAGUAGUAACAAUGGCUGGAGUAAGGGUUACCCUUUUGAGAUUGCUGCGUAAUUCGGCCAAUCCCUUUUCAAAAAUGCAAUCUUUUCGAUCAUACAACAACUCUGACAUGAGAAUUUCUUCACCAUUGCAAGCUUUUGUGAAAGAAUCACAGUCCCCUGAAACUUUGACAAAUACCCAUUUUAAAACUCUGGGUUCUCAGUCUCUUCUUUAUACCCAAUGUUACAAGACCAAACCCAUUACUGCAUUUUCACCUACCUUGUCGAAUUUGCACCUCCUACAUAAUAGCCCUCUUAUUUUGAUCAGCCCCUUUUCAAAUUAUCGGUCAUAUUCAUGGUCUUCUGGUAGCAAAGCUGAUAAAGCUGGAGUUCCCACUGCUUCUGGUGCAAGUGGAGUGGAUGGUAGUGGUAAUGAUGUUUUUGGAAGUGAUUUUGUUGAUAAGGUUAAAGAUGCUUGGCAGACUGCAGUUGAUGCGGGAACUUAUACUGUGCAAAAGGCUAAAGAAGCUUCUGAUGAACUGAUCCCCUAUGCUCAUCAAUUACUUGAUUCACAUCCCUAUCUGAAAGAUGUAAUUAUUCCAUUUGGUGGUACUUUUGCUGGUACUAUAUUGGCUUGGUCGGUUAUGCCUAGGCUUUUGAGGAGAUUUCACAAGUAUGCUACGCAAAGUCCUGCUGCUUCACCAACUGGAAGUGUCUCUUGGGAGCAAGUUCCAUACGAAAGAACUAUUUGGGGUGCUUUGGAGGAUCCAGUGCGAUAUCUAAUUACCUUUAUGGCAUUUUCACAAAUGGUUGUAAUGGUCGCACCAACCACUAUGGCAUCACAGUACCUUGGACAGGCAUGGAGGGGUGCAGUUAUUCUUUCAUUUGUAUGGUUUUUGCAUCGAUGGAAGUCGAAUGUGUUUACUCGUAUGUUGGCAACUCAGAGUGCAGUGGGUAUUGAUAGGGACAAGUUGCUGGCUUUUGACAACCUUUCAUCUGUUGGUCUAUUUGUGAUUGGUAUAAUGGCUUUAGCUGAGGCUUGUGGGGUUGCUGUGCAAUCUGUUCUGACUGUUGGUGGCAUAGGAGGAGUUGCUACUGCUUUUGCUGCCAGAGAUAUCCUUGGGAAUGUACUCAGUGGGUUAGCUUUGCAGUUUUCAAAGCCAUUUUCACUUGGAGAUAAAAUAAAAGCUGGUAAUGUAGAAGGUCAAGUGGUGGACAUGGGACUCACUACCACAUCACUAUUAAAUGCUGAAAAGUUUCCAGUCAUAGUUCCAAAUUCUCUUUUUUCCAGUCAGGUGAUUGUGAACAAGUCACGUGCCCAAUGGCGUGCCAUGGUCACCAAGAUACCCUUGCAAGUUGAUGAUUUGGACAAGAUUCCCCUUAUAACAAAUGAUGUAAAGAGUAUGCUAAGAUUGAACUCGAAAGUUUUCCUGGGUAUGGAGGCCCCUUAUUGUUUCCUCUCUCGAAUUGAAAGUUCUUUCGCUGAAUUAACCCUUGGAUGCAAUCUCAAACAUAUGAGCAAAGAUGAAUUGCACUCUACGGAACAGGAUCUUCUUCUGCAGUCUGUCCAGAUAAUUAAGAAGCACGGUGCUAGACUGGGUAGCACCUGGCAGGAUACAACCAGUCAGUGAUAUGGCAAAUUUAAAAAAAAAAAAAAAAGAAAAAAAAAAAGGAAUCUUUUAUGCAGGUAUUGGAUUGUUGUUUCUCUAUCUGCUAACUUUACUCGCCAAAUGUGAAUAUUUACAGAAAUGAAUCAUGCAGUUUAAGAUAUGAAAAAAUGAGUUGUGAUGCAAUGUCCAGUUUUCUCUCCUUUUUUGGUUCUAGAUGUAAUGCUUCAUAUCAUGAUUUUAUGCUUUUGUGUAAAAAAAGAGAGCUGUUCAUUUAAAAUGAAAUGUGAAACUGGAUUAUGUUCUUGUAAAGACAUGAUGCUCGCACUUUCUAUGAUGUGAUGCUUGCUCAAAGUCGACAAAAUUGGAAGUUCAAUUUA